CAAAUUCCUCCAUUGAUGCAGAUCAGAGAUAAAUCAACGUUUGUUUAUGUCUUCCCAAAUUGGUUUCGAAUUCCGAUCGACACAAACCCUAGCAGCGACGUUUAGAAACAACGCGGUUGCAAUCUGAUCCACUGCAUUGCUCGCUCAAUCGUUGAUAUGACUCGUCGCAACUCAGUAGCUUAUUGAAAUUGAGGAAACAGAGAUGUAUCUGAAGAAGCCGUUAUGGAACGAAGGAACGGAAUUUGGGAAAGGUGAUGCGAGUGGUUCAGAUGCAAAGGCACACGAUUACGGUGCAGUUGGUGAGUUAGUGAACUCGCUGCAUCGACAAAGAGUUUACAGAGAAGUGACUCUUGCUCUCAGAACUGGCCUCAGAGAUGCACGUGCCGAAUUCUCCUUCCUCCGUGUCCGUGCUCUCCGUUCCAUUCUCAAGUUCCUCCGUUCCGUUGCUGAGUCUGACUCAACCAUUGACCUCUUCGUUCAAACUCAAUCCAUUCCCGAACUCCAAGUGGUUCCGGUUCUCUUUGAGCACUCGCUGAAAGAGAGUGGUGAUGAUUACAGUGACAAUAGGGUAGGAGAUUUGAGUCAUAUAUUAGGGGUGGAACCCAAGAAGUUAACAAGUCCAUCUACUGAUGCUGAAGUUGCGCUUGCUCUUAGAGUCUUGGAAGGUUGUUGUUUGCUUCACCCACAGAGUACAGCUCUGGCUCAUCAACACAACGCUAUUCAGGUUUUAAUGAAUAUAUUAUCCACUCGUGGAGUACUUGAGCAAGGUGCAUGCUUAGAUGCUCUAAUCUCACUGAUGGUGGAUUCGUCAUCCAAUCAAAUGGAUUUUGAGAAAUGUAAUGGUAUUAUGGAAGUUGCUGACCUUAUUAGAGACAAACAAGGGGAUGAAAAUCUCAGGUCGUGUUUUGUUAGUCAUGCGAUGAGAACCUUGGGAGAUUUACAGUACAAAAGCUAGCUAUUUAAGUUGGAGAGCCCAAGGCCUUAUAACCAACCCACACAUUUGAAUUCCAUACUUCCAAUGUGGGACUCAAGUCCCAUACUUUGCAAUUGGAUCCUAACAUAUUGUAAAAUUGUAUUAGCUUUUUUUCUCAUUUCUAAACGAUAUUAAUAUUCUUGGAAUUAGAACUUUAGAAGAGAGCAUUGAAAUUUCUAAUUUAGUUUGCUUUGUUUUGGAAUUGUAAAAAGCAUGUGAGUGGUGUAUAACAUGUCAAAAGAUUGCUGCCAGAUACAAGCCAUGAAGGGAGAAGCUGCUAAGAAGUUCUGGUCUUUAACUCCAUUGAAAUGUCCUGAACCUAGGUCAAAAGAGGAAAAUGCCAAAUCACUUUGCUAUCCUUUUAACUCCCAAAACCUCACUUUUUUUAACGUCCUAAAUCUCUAACUCAUGUAGCAAAGAAUACCUUCAAAUCCAGCAGACAAAUUCAGUGUUCUCAAAACAGACCAAGCUUACUCAAAACCGCCAAGCUAUCUCAUAGAAGAAGCGAUGGCUAUUGGUUACGGAGUAUUUAUGGCACCUAUAAUAAUGUUAUGGAAAGGGCUUUAUGAGGUUUCUGCACAUGUAACUAGUCAUUAUUGUUUAUCCUAUAAAGGAUAGCAGUCCAAACUAUAGCCCUAACAUUAAAAUUGCUAUGAUUGAAAACUUAAGGAGAAAGGUUUCCUAUAAGAAAUUGGGAAAACAUUUACUGGCUAUCAAACCUAAAGCACCUAAAGUCAAAGUGCUGGCAUCUGGAGUAUUUAAGAUAUGAAAGGAUUCAAGAAUGCCAUGCAAAGAUGUCAUCUCCCCCGUCAAAUUAGAGGUCUAUUUUUCUUCUCUUUUAAUGCCUAGAUUUUUCAUAAAAGGAAUUUCUGCAAGUUGGAAUGCAUUGUAAGUUUGUAAACCUCAGUUUUUAAGUUUGUUGUGCCAUGGAAAGAGUUGAAAAAUUGUAUAGCGAUAAUAAACAUUGUUUAUUGUUGAAUUUGAGCUUUAAGCUUAACUCAACACUAACAGCUAUUUUAACCUUUAUAAGUUUCUUAUUUAAUUAUAUCUAUAGUUGAUGUGAGACUUCGACACACCUCCUUACACU